AGUGGUGCAUGGUAUAUGUUAUCUACAACAAUGCCUUCUUCUUCUUCUUCUUCUUCUUCCUCUUCUCAUGAUGCAAUUACUGUCCUCUCAAAAUGCACUGUUGUGCCUCACCAAAAUUCCACUCUAGGAGAUCUCAAACUCUCUAUCUCAGACCUUAACAUGCUCCUCUCUCACUACAUUCAAAAGGGCUGUCUCUUCACCACCCCAUCUCUCCCCUCUCACGCUCUCAUCCCUCACAUCAUCAACGCGCUUUCUCGCACGCUCUCCCUCUUCCCUCCCUUCGCUGGCCGUCUCAAAACUGACCAUCAUGGCUACGUCUACAUCGCAUGCAACGAUGCUGGCGUCGAUUUCAUCCACGCCACCGCCGAUCAUAUCUCCGUUACCGAUCUUCUCUCACCUUCCGAUGUUCAUCCAACCGUCAUGCACCUCUUCCCAUUCCACCACAAAAUUAGUUACACGGCGCAUUCCUCCCCUAUCAUGGCCUUUCAGGUCACGGAGCUCGCUGACGGUGUUUUCAUAGGUUGUGCUGUCUGUCACGCCGUCACCGACGGCGCCUCCUUCUGGAACUUCUUCAACACUUUCGCAGCAAUUUCUCGAGGAGAAACCUCUUGCCUCUCUAGGCUCCCGGAUUUUCGUCGGGAUUCCAUCCUCACCUCCAAGAUUGUGCUUCGGCUGCCAAAAGAAAUCAAGGUGACCUUCAACGUUGACGCACCCUUUCGCGAGAGAAUUUUCAGCUUCAGCCGUGAGUCAAUUCAGAAGCUGAAAGCCGCAGUGAAUAAUGGUGGGAAAAUUUGUUGGUUGGAGAAUGUUGAGAAGAACGUUGAGUUGAUGGGGAAGCUGAGCCACGAUACACAAGUGAAAACGACGGAGAUUUCAUCGUUUCAAUCGUUGUGUGCGCUGAUGUGGCGGUCCGUUACAAAGGCGAGGGAUCUGGAAGAGACUAAAGUGACGACGUUUCGAAUGGCAGUCAAUGUUCGGAAUCGCAUGGAGCCCAAGUUGGGAGACCAUUACUUUGGGAACGCGAUUCAGAGCAUUGCCACGUGUGCAGCGGCGGGUGACGUGGUGUCUAGCGAGCUUGGAUGGUGCGCGGAGCAACUGAACAAAAGCGUGAAGGCAUUCGACAGCGCUACAGUGUGCCGCAACGUGGAGAAUUGGGAGCGUGAGCCGAAGUGCUUCGAGUUGGGGAACCACGACGGCGCCACUUUGCAGAUGGGAAGCUCGCCCAGGUUUCCGAUGUACGACAAUGAUUUCGGAUGGGGGCGGCCACUCGCUGUGAGGAGCGGUGGAGCCAACAAGUUUGAUGGAAAAAUGUCGGCGUUUCCCGGUAGGAGUGGCGGUGGUAGCGUUGAUUUGGAGGUGGUUUUGGCUCCUCACACCAUGGACAAACUUCACUCUGAUCCCGAGUUCAUGUGUUAUGUCUCCGGUUAGUCUGGAUAACACUUUUAGAACGCACUAUUACUGGUUUCGUUUCGUCAAAAUAUAUAAUAAAAAUCCUUUUCCGUCUUUACAUUUCGUAAAGAUCUGAUAAGGAAAAAGCUAUCAUAUUUAUUUAUUAGGAAAAUUGAUAUUUGGGUUACUAAAUUUUU